AUGAGCGUGCGCAAAGCACACAAUGCUGGUCGAAAUCACAUCCGUAACGUGGUCGAUUACUACCAACAAAUCGGCCAUGAAAAAGCGCAAUCAGUAAUCGAUUCAAUUACGAGUUCAUACGCGGCGGAGGGACAGGCGAAUCCAUUGUUACAACAUCCUGGUGCGCCGGGAUCGUUUCCGCCGCCGCCGUUUGGGUUACCUGGACGACCAGGUCAAAUGCCUCCUCCACCAUUCGGUAUUCCGCCUCCAGGUGCUCCUGGUGGAUUACCUCCACCAGGAGGCCGCGGCAUGCCCCCCUUUCAACCCCCCUUCCCCAUCCCAGCCGGUGGCAUGCAACAACAAACCCCCGGCGCUGGUCCUCCUGCAGGUAUGCCCCCUCUACCAGGUGGAUUACCAUUCCCACCUCCCGGUGGUCUUCCGGCAAAUUUUCCUCCUCCUGGAUUUCCCGGUGGUGGUCCUGGUGGUGUUCCUGGCUCGAGUAUAUCGCCUCCUCCUGCCGGCGGAUUCCCGCCUGGUCCGCCUGGGGGAGGAUUUCGACCUCCUGGGAUGGAUCGGUGA